AUGGGCAUCGAGGGGUUUCAUACUUACCUGGUCAUCAUCAGAGUCUUUGAUACUUACAUACCGAAAUUUAUGAUCAAAGCUGCUGUGGUCGGAUGGGGCAUUCCGGCAGUUAUUGUUGGUUUAACUGGAGGAAUCGCUCGGAACUCGUAUGCCGUUGAAGAUUAUUGCUUCAUCCAUAAGUGGUCGUUGAUCGGUGGUCUUCUUGUACCAAUGGCCAUCAUCCUCCUUGUCGACACCGUCAUCUUCAUAUUGGCAAUGCGUCACUUGAAGCAAUCUGCCAGAAAGGAAGGUCGUGUGAAGAAGGACUACAGAGACCAACGACAAGAGACCCUAGAACGAAUCCAGAAUGGUAUCGCCAUGUUGAUCCUGCUUGGCUUCACCUGGAUCACUGGAUACCUGACCCUGAUCAAUGUAGACAUCGCCAACACCCUCUUCAUCAUCUCCAACUCCUUACUAGGCUUCUUCAUCUUCGCCCUGUAUUGUCUUCGUAAGGCAACCAUCAGAGACCAAUGGCGUCGAGGUCUUUCUUGCGGAUUCUCGGGUGAAGACCAGAACACAAAGCGAAGUAUAGGACCGACACCAAUGAAUACAAACGGAACUACAGGAACUUGUUCUUCGUCUGAGGACUCGUCUUCUGUGCAUUAUAGUAACCCAUCUUAUGCAUAUUGACGAUAACAUGAUGUAUGCUAGUAGCUUAUACAACCAUCAAAUAGAUUUUUUAUAAAUCUAUUAGAGUUCUAGUCUUACAACAUGAUAUUUUUCACAAAAGAAGCCCAUAAUUCGCAUAUUGUCUGUCCUAAUAUAAUGUACAUGUGAUUUUAAAACAUUACGUAGAUACAAAUAGAUCGUCUGUUUCGAUGGGCAAUUAUAGUAUGAAAUCAUAUUGGACAUUUGUUAUAGUAAAGCAAACAUGAUGCUUGUAUGUUAAAAAGUGACAUUCUUUUUGUGAAUAUAAAAAGAAUAAAAAUCAUAUUUUGAAGAGCAAACCAAAUUUAUAGUGAGGUGUACAUUUUUAAAUAAAAAGCAAUGUAAAUGAUAGGUCAAGUGAUCAAUGCACGGUUACAAAUUUUGUAGAAGUCUGGGGUUCCUGUGAUCAUGACGAAAAUAAAAAUGA